AUGAAGGCGUUCACUAUCGAGGAGGUCGCCAAGCACAACAAGGAGGGAGACUUGUGGAUCACCAUUGAUUCUAAGGUGUAUGACAUCUCCAAGUUUGCGAAUAUGCAUCCAGGAGGCACGGGUAUACUGUUAGCAUCAUCCAUAGCUGGACAGGAUGCUACACAAGCCUUCUUUGGUUUACACAGGCAUGAGGUACUCCUGAGGCCUCAGUACGCUCGUCUGCAAAUUGGUACCAUAACCGGUCAAAACUCGGUGGUCAAAUCCCUCGCUGCAGGCGAGCUGUCGCAGGUGCCUUAUGCGGAGCCAUCCUGGCUCUCGAAAGGCUUCUUCAGCCCCUACUAUAAAGAUAGUCAUCGGCGGUUCCAAGUGGCUGUACGGAAGUUCGCCAUGGAAGUCGUUCAGCCUGAUGCCAUCAAGUGCGAAGACAACGGCAAGCGGAUUUCGCAGGAUGUUGUCGAGAAGUUGUGCGAGAUGAACAUUCCCGCUAUGCGUCUCGGGCCGGGGAAGCACCUCAAGGGGCGAACCCUCAUGGGUGGUGUCAUCAAGGUCGAGGAAUUUGAUCACUUUCAUGAGCUCAUCCUGAACCUUGAACUCGCACGUUUCGGCACACGAGGCUAUAUGGAUGGCCUUCUUGCUGGCUUGGAGAUCGGUCUUCCGCCCGUGCUUAACUUCGGCUCGCAGGAGCUGCAAGGGAAGGUUGUCUCGGACGUCCUCGCGGGCAAGAAAUUCAUCUGCUUGGCCAUCAGCGAGGCCUUCGCAGGUAGCGACGUCUUUGGUCUGCAGACAACCGCUGUCCGGGAGGAUGACGAAUGGGUCAUCACGGGAACGAAGAAGUGGAUUACGAACGGAGUCUUUGCUGACUAUUUCACUGUCGGAUGCAGAUGCAAGGAGGGCUAUGUCGUCAUUCUAGUGCCUCGAUCAGACGAUGUCUCAACGAAGGCUAUCAAGACCUCGUACUCUUCGACCGCUGGUACCGCCUACGUUACUUUCGAGAAAGCGCGAGUACCUGUAGCGAAUACGCUAGGAGAGAUCGGCAAGGGCAUGUCGGUCAUCCUGAGCAAUUUCAAUCACGAGCGCUGGAUGAUCGUCGGCAACAGUCUCGGUGCUCAGCGACUCGUGGUUGAAGAGUGUCUGAAAUGGGUGAACCAACGGACGGCGUUCGGCAAGCCGCUCAGCACUCAGGCCGUAGUACGUGCGAAACUAGCAAGCAUGAUCGCUCGGGUGGAGGCCUCGCAAAACUGGCUCGAGUCGGUUACUCAUCAGAUGAACAACAUGUCCUAUGCGGAGCAAUCAGACAAGCUGGCAGGACAGAUCGGGUUACUGAAACAAUUCGUGACUCGCACAGGCCGCGAGACCGCUGAAGAUGCGACGCAGAUCUUUGGCGGGCGCGGCAUUACUGCAAGUGGCAUGGGCAAGCUCAUUGAGAACUAUCACCGUACCUCUCCAUUUGACGCGAUCCUGGGCGGCCAGGAAGAUGUACUGGGAGAUAUGGGCGUGCGUCAGGCCAUCAAGAAGAUGCCGAAGAAUGCGCGGUUGUAA